CUCAGCUUACAUUGCUCCUGAACUUGACAAAACCAUCCCAAUCGGUGACCCGCGCAAGCCCAACCCAAUUCAUGGGCCAUACACAGAUACCUGGGCCGUAGGACGAACCAUGUCGGACCUUGUCCUUGUCGCCGCCAAGUUGUACCCAGACGAAUAUCAGCAACGAUUCUACAGUCACGACCCACAGGCGCGAGCCGAGUUUGUCAUCUCAAGGCCUCUUCUCGACCUUAUCAAUGAUUGCAUGCGCCCUGAUGGUCGACAGCGUAUUCCCGCAUGGAGCCUGUACAACUACACUUCCACCUUCGCCACACAAGCAUAUGCUCAAAUGAACAAUAACCAUCUCCGAGCCAUGCAAGCCCAGCGCGUGGCGUCCCGUCAGAGCAGCCUCUCCACCACAGCACAAUCACCGCCCCCAGGUCAAUUUGUGAGCUUGGCCGAAGCGAACCAGAUUACUUCCGGCGGUCAAAACUUGUACGGGAUAUACGCGGACCAAAUCCUCAUUGAUCCCCCAGACAAAUAUAACUUCCAGGGCGACCCGGGGUUCAGACAAAUGUAUCAAAUGGUUAACCUGACCCCGUUGCAUGAAGCGCGUCUCAAGGCAGCACGUAUGAACCCUUCGGGACCUAACGCGAACGCGGCCCCUGCUCCUUCGGGAGGUGGUGGGUAUUAUGGGUAUACGUUCAAUGCCAGCGUAGCUGGUAACGCAGGCGGAGCAUAUAAUGCUGCUGCUGCUGCGGCUGCGGCUUCUCCUGCUCGCCCGCGUGUCUCUCCUGCUCCUUCUGUUGUUCCACGCACGGGUGUAGGAGCGGGAGCAGGUGCAGGGAGAACUCCACGAGCGCUCAACGCCGCUGCUGCAUCGUUCAAACCCGGUCGACAGGUGACGACGACGGCAACGGCCACACAGCAGCAAGCCCCUUCUCUCCAGGACACUAGAAGGCGGACGAGAAAUCAACGCAUGCAGGCUGUGCAGGAGGAGGAGGAAGAAGAAGUAGAGAAAGAAGAGGAAGGAGAAGAGGAAGAUGAUGACGAAGAAGAAGAAGAAGAAGAAGAAGAAGAAGAAGAAGAGGGUAAUCCCAUCCAAAUGAAAUCCCUGCCAAAAAAGAAGCGCCCGUUGUUCAGUAUAACAAAAGACCUGGACGAGCUACAAAGAAGAAGAGAUGAACACCACGACGACGAUGAUGAAGAGGCUGAAGAUGAUGAUGAUGACGAAGAGGGCGAGGAAGAGGAGGAUGAUGACCAAGAGGAUAAUGAAGCGGAGGAGACGCAGGGUGAUGACGAUGACGACGACGACGACGACAACGGAGAAGAAGAGGACGACGAUGAUGACGAUGACGGCCAGGACGACGGUGCGAUAGAAGUCGAAAAAGGAAUCUCCAUGGAAUUCCACAGAAAGAAUGACAAGAAACGACAAAAGCGAAAAGAACGGAAGUAUAAGAAAGGUAAAUGGUCAAAGCAGCAGCAGCAGCAAGAGACAAAGGACGAAGAGAAGAAGAGAAUGAGUAGUAGCGAUAUAUGGUUCGACUCAAGGAGCCGUUUCUCCAAUGGUCAAAGAACAAGUCACGGAAGAAUCGAAGUCGAGGAUGACGAUCAGCCGUUCGUGUCGGCCGAUAUGGGAGGGAGGAGUAGCAGCAGUAGUGGUGGUGGAAUGUAUCAUGCCUUGUUUGGAGGACAAUCGUAGGGUGAGAUAUCUGGUUAGAGGUGUUUGUUUAGUAGUGUUUCGGCGUUACAUUGGGUUGAUUCGAAUUCAGUUCUCAGUAAGAUUCUUUGAUUCAGUAGCUAGUAUCCAGUUCAUGUCCGCCUGAAAUGGUAAAUCUAAAUACACACAAAUUGUAUGCCCGUCUAAUGCCAAUAUAAGUGAAAAGGGGUUGAAAAGGUUUCUAAAAAUAAAUUCCUCAAUCGUGACG